AUGGAUCCUACUGUUAAACUAAAAGGUUCUGAUGUUGAUGUUCUAUCUGAUCCUUCUCCUUAUCAAAGGUUAAUUCGUCGCUUGUUGUAUUUAACUAUCUCAAGGCCAGAUCUUGUUUUUGCUGUGAACAAGUUAAGUCAGUUUGUUUCUCGGUCGUGCAAGUCUCAUUUAGUUGUUGCUCAUUACUUGCUAUGUUACUUAAAAUAUUCUUCUGAUCAAGGAGUUAUGAUUUCUCCUACAAAUUCCUUUCAGUUAUAUGCCUUCAUUGAUUCUGAUUGGCUUCUUGUCUUGAUACAACAAAAUCGACUUCAGGAUUUUUUUAUCUUCCUUGGGGAUUCACUGGUGUCAUGGAAGUCGAAGAAGCAGAAUGUGGUUUCUCAUUCUUCAGUUGGAGUGGAAUACAGAGCUCUUGCUUCUACUGUUUAUGAGCUUGUUUGGCUCACUUCAUUACUUCAUGACCUAUGUGUCCUUGUUAUUUUGUGA